AUGGCUCAGCACGGCGGCCAGCUGCACCCCGCCGUGCAGGUCGCCAAAGACGAGCAACGCGGGGUGCACCUGCAAGUCCGCAAGGGCUCAUCCGAAGGUAGCCUGGCCGUGGACACGCACAUCAUCCAGACGCCCCUGACCACGACGAUCUCGUACUUCAACGUCAUCGGGUACCGUGCAUCCACCGCCGCCGCUGUCGCUCCAGAUGCAGAUGCCACCGGCGGUGGCAGCAUCGUUGAGUUCAAGUCCCAUGGCCUGGACUUCCCGCGCCCCUUCAUCGACGCGGUCGGCUCGAAGGAGGCGACGGUCUUCUUUCUGGUGGGCCAGUAUCUGCGCGGCGCGCAGAGCUUCUGGUACCCGUACCUGCGGACGCUGCCGCAGCCGGGGACGUUGACGACGCCGCCCAAUUAUGAGGGCGAGGAUCUGCGGUGGUUGCAGGGGACGAGUCUGUUGCCGGCUAGGGAGCAACGGGUCGAGAAGCUGAGGGGGAAGUAUGAGGCUGCGGUGCGGGCGUUGAGGGAGGCUGGGUUCGAUGGGGUGGAGGAAUAUACAUGGGAUCUCUAUCUGUGGGCCUCGACGAUUUUCUUCUCGCGCGCCUUUUCUGCCAAGGUGUUGUCCGGUGUGAUCCCCAAGGAGGAGCUGUCGGAGGAGAAUAUUUCUGUCUUGCUGCCCUUCUUCGAUGUGGCUAAUCAUCGGCCGCUGGCUAAGGUCGAGUGGCGAGCGGAGAAGGAUGAGGUCAGGUUUGUGGUCCUGGAGAACGUGGCUGCUGGGGAGGAAAUCUCCAAUAACUACGGGCCUCGGAAUAAUGAACAGUUGAUGAUGAACUACGGAUUCUGUCUUCCGGGCAACCCUUGUGACUAUCGCAUUGUGAGUCUUCGCGCACCACCCGAGAGUCCGCUUCAGCAGGCACGUUCCCACCAGCUGCAAAUGUUCCCGCAGUCGGCUGCGGACACUGAAGACCACUACUAUGUUUUCAACAUCUUCUAUCCGCUGCUGGCCCCGGAUACUGCAAUGGAGCAUUCGAUCUUCUCGCCUGCUCUCCUCAACGCGGUCUCCGUCCUGGCGGCGAACAACCGGGAGUUGGAGACCCUAGAAAUCACGGACCACGACAUCAAAAUCCCCAGCGCCUACGGGAACUCACGCGCGCUGCUGGCUGCGAUGAGCCAGAUUGUGAUUGAACUUAUCAACCAUGCUGUGAAGCUGAGAGCCUCCGGCCAAGAUCUACAGCACCCGGAGAAUUUGAAACAAACUCACGCGAAGAUGUACCGUGACAGCCAGAUCAUGCUGUCUGAAACCGCUCUUGUGAUAGCUGCAUGGACCCUGAACCGCGCGCGGCAACACAAUUUCACUGGUAGCUGGGAAGAAAUGAAAAGGAUCCUUGGGGCCCAUAUGGCCCGGAUCCCUGCCGGCAAAUUCCCGGAAGGAAUCUUGUCCCGACUGCAGAUGCGGAUCUUGGAGAGGCAGUCACUCCUCACCAAGAACGGGGAACUAUUCACAUUGACCGAGCUGCCGGAUCUUCUGCCAAUGGAGAUGCAACCACCAUGCAAGGCAUGCUUCCAGGAUGUUCUAAGCACUACGGAGAAGGCCAUCCCAGUGCUCAGAGGCAGCGCGGAGACAUCGCCCUUCGCGUUCCCCAUCUUCUUGUGUCUCGUUGCCGCAGCUGGUACAACUACGAAGGUGUCAGGGUCUGCGGGAGGCCAGUUGUCGCCCAGACUUACUCGAUGGGCGAGAUUCCUGCUCGAGAACUACCCACCGCCGCCAAAUGAUGUGGCCUGGGCACUGGAGGAUGAGGACGAUGAGUACCUAGUGAGCCAGUUUGAUGAGGCUCUGGAGCAGAUGAAGUCACAGAGCUCUGCCGUGUUUGCUGGAUUAGAGGCCUACACAGGCCCAUGGCAGGACGAUGACUGGUGGCUGUCGCCCAACUGGAUACGCUGGGCGUGGAUGGUAGCAGAGCAGGAGUGCGUGCACAUGCCCGAAGAUCCGCUGAGAUUGCUAGCCAGCGAUGGGCAGGUGAUGUUGUCCACGGGAUCGUACUUGUAUAUUCCUCAGGAGGAGUAG